AUGGAUUCUCCUCGGCCGCCCGAUUUCAAGCGCGCCUCCUCGGAUCCCACCGAUCUGCCGCCGGCCAAACGGACCAAGUCCACGCCGAGUGAAGGACCUUCUGAGCCUGAACCCACAUCCAGCCCCUCCGUGGAGGAACAGCAGCCCACUGCCACCGACGAAGUAACCAUCAUUGGCACUCAAGGUUGCGAGGUCUCUGAGGAAAUGCUGACUCUUUCGCGCAGCGAGUUCACAGACGACACCGUCACACUCGUUGCUGGACUUGAACGGGUCAAGUUUGUGAUCCACAGACACUUGGUGCCAUGGACCAUUACUGAGAACAUGUCUUCAAUGCAAGCGGCCAUAGUCGAGGAGAUCCUCAUUCCCAACCAGCACCCUGACACGAUCGGUAUGAUGGUGAACUGGUGUUAUCGAAAGACUGUACCGUCCGUCUUACCGCAUUUGCUGGCCAAUCCGUAUUCUGUCGAGGAGGUCCCGGACAUUCCGAACCUCCUGCCCCUCCGCCAGCUUGACGAAGAAUCAGACCAAGAUGGGUCCUAUGUUCAAUACCAGGUGCUUACGGAAUGUCUCGGUGGUAACGGGACCGCUGGGGCUACGAGAGACGUCUCUUUUGAAGAGUUCAGACUCAUGAAGUACAAUGAAAUGGUCGACCCUGCGAUUCGGAGAUCCCAGGCCACCUACCAGAACACGGAAGAGAUGGAAGAGGCGGAAGACACGCUUUUGGAGGUGGAAGGACCGAGCGAAAAAGCAAUACGGGACGCCAUGACCACAUAUCUCCAAGACGAAGGCGUGUCGGUGUUUGAGGCAAGCGAAGGACGCGUAGAAGCAGAGAUUCUACAAAUCAAGCUAGUCCGACUGGCCAUGUUGGCCACCAAGUACCGCUGGAAGCGGCUCCUGGACGACACACUGUUGGCAUAUGCCAAGGGUAAGACUCUGUUCGCUCGCCGUUUCCCUGUUCCACGUCACAUCGAGCUGGCCUACUCUGUCAACAGAGGCUUGCCGCGUCUGAGGAUAUUCAUGGCCAAUUACGCCGCCGUUUUGACCAAGGAGUAUAACACCGAUGUCGAGUUGCUCAGGCUGCAUGGAAGAUGCCCAGGCUUCUUUCGGGACAACAUGAUGCGGCACACGCGCUCACCACCAAGCCGACUAUCAGAUCCAAUUGCCAUAUCCCAUUACGAAGUGUGA